AUGGAGAGUAGGGAAUACGAUUACGAGUACAGGGUAGAAGAGAGGGUGAGAGUGGAAGAGGAACCGAGGAGGAAAUACAGAGGAGUGAGGCAGAGGCCAUGGGGGAAAUGGGCUGCAGAAAUAAGGGACCCGUUCAAGGCUACCAGAGUAUGGUUAGGAACAUUCGAGACUGCUGAGGAUGCUGCCAGAGCCUAUGAUGAAGCUUCUUUGCGUUUCAGAGGAAACAAGGCCAAACUCAACUUCCCUGAAAAUGUGAGGCUCAGACAACACCCACCACCAACAACCACCCAUUUCACCGUGCCCCUUUUCUCCGUUCCGUCUACAACUGAACCAAUUGUUCACACUCAGCCUCAGCCUCAGGGUUCACGUGAUUCCGGCAACUUCUACGAGUAUUAUAAUUCAAAUGUUCAUGAAUUUCCCGUGAGCCUGUAUGACCAGGUUCCUGUGUCAUCAUCAUUCUCUGUUGGGGCUGCUCAUUUUCAAUCUUCACCUUCCUAUUCUUCUUCCUCGACUAUUCCUUCCCUUUAUCCUACGCACCCACCCCCAUGGUCUUCUUCUUCUGCUGCUCCUCAUACUUACACCUCUUCUUCAGGAUCAUAA